GGACGCUCGGUGUCGUGAAACGCGGAGAGGUCGCUGUUGGCAAAGUGGGAACAGAUCCAUUGUGGAUCCGACUGAGCCGCAGACAGACAGGUCCCUGCUGCGGACAGACAGUUCCGUGCUGCCGCUCCGCGGACAUAAAGCGACUCCUGACGGAAUAAUAACAAUAAUAACACGGAUGUUAAUGACGUCAGCGGCCGACGGUAUCCGUCGUGAGGAGGACGUGAAGGAGGACCUCCGGGAUCUCAAGAGUUAAGACAUCACAACUGUUUAUUUCUGAGGGGCUAACAGGCUAACCGGCUAACGCUCUGAAACAUAAUAACACACCGCGGGUCGUAGCUCCUCAGAUCUCCUUCCCCUCGUCGAAAAGUACCCGGAAUAUUCCGGGCAUAUUCCGCAAAGGAGCGACGGUGAUCGGGCCGCGUGCGAAAGUUUGGGACCGAUGAGGAGCGGAAAGAUUCAGGCUGCCGUCUGAUUGGACACCAUGAUUGAUUGACGGGCGGCCGUCCGGCCCUGGCCCAGCUCACCCUCGACCCCGCCCCCUGCUCUAGACGGCCUCCCGAUGUCGGCGUGUCUAGACUAGCUCCCUCCCUCCCUGACCCUUGACCCCCCUCCCCCCCCCCCCCCCCUGACCCUGGCGUGCCCCACCAUGCUGCGCAUGCUGCCCCUGAAGCUGGGGCGCGUGUACCGCUGCGUGAAGCUGCUGGCGGUGGUGGGCCUGCUGGUCAUCCUGCUGAUGAACACCCACAGCCUGCUGGCGUCCUUCCAGAAGAACGAGCUCACGGACCGCCGCUUCAUCAACCUCAACAAGUGCCCCGCCUGCUUCGGCACCAGCUGGUGCCGCAAGUUCAUGAACGGCCAGGUGUCGUUCGAGGCCUGGGGCCGCCUGCGCUUCCUGGACGUGUUCAACGUGAAGAACGUGUACUUCGCGCAGUACGGCGAGCCGCGCGAGGGCACCCGCCGCGUGGUGCUGAAGAGGCUGGGCUCCAACCAGGAGCUGGCCGACAUCGACCAGAAGAUCUGCAAGCGGGCGACGGGCCGCGCCCGCUGCGACCUCAUCCAGGGCGUGUACAAGACGGAGUUCGCCCGGCUGAACGGCGAGGUGCGCCUGCUGACGCCCGAGGUGGUGGAGGGCUGGUCGGACCUGGUGCACUGCCCCUCCCAGAGGCUGCUGGACCGGGUGGUGCGGCGCUACGCCGAGACCAAGGACUCGGGCAGCUUCCUGCUCAAGAACCUCAAGGACACGGAGAAGAUGCAGCUGCUGAUGACGCUCGCCUUCAACCCAGAGCCUCUGGUCCUACAGAGCUUCCCAUCCGACGAGGGCUGGCCGUUCGCUAAGUACCUGGGGGCGUGCGGGCGCGUGGUGGCGGUGAACUACGUGGGCGAGGAGCUGUGGAGCUUCUACAACGCGCCGUGGGAGAAGAGGGUGGACCUGGCCCGGCAGCUCAUGGACAUCGCCGAGCAGCUCACCAACAACGACUUCGACUUCGCCCUCUACCUGCUGGACGUCAGCUUCGACAACUUCGCCGUCGGUCCGCGGGACGGCAAGGUGAUCGUGGUGGACGCCGAGAACGUCCUGGUGGCCGACAAGAGGCUGAUCAAGCAGAACCGGCCGGAGAACUACGACGUGUGGUACGAGUCCCGCUUCGAGGAGUGCGACAAGGAGGCGUGCCUCUCCUUCUCCAAGGAGGCGCUGUGCUCCCGCGUCACCGUGGACCACAACUACUACGCCGUGUGCCAGAACCUGCUGUCGCGCUACGCCACCUGGCGCGGCACCACGGGGGGUCUGCUCCACGACCCCCCCGCCCACGUCACGCGCGACGGCCAGCUGGAGGCGCUGCUGGACGAGUGCACCAACCCCCGCCGCCGCUACGGCCGCUUCCAGGCCGCCAAGGAGCUGCGGGACUACCUGACGCAGCUCAGCACCUCCUCCGCCUCGCUGGCCACCGCCAGGUAGUGGCGGCCGCGCCCGGAGGAGGCGACCUCUGGACUCCUGGGGCUGACCUCUGACCUCUGGACGUUUGAGCAGGAGGAGGGGUCCGUUUGGUUGUUACUGUAACGGAACUGCCCCCCCCCCCCCCCACCCACAUCAUCCCAGUGCUGCAUCCCAGUGCUGCAUCCCAGUGCUGCAUCCCAGUGCUGCAUCCCAGUGCUGCAUCCCAGUGCUAGCCUCAGGGGCUAGCUCCCAGUGCUAGCCUCAGGCGCUAGCUCCCAGUGCUAGCCUCAGGCGCUAGCUCCCAGUGCUAGCCUCCAGCGUUAGCCUCCAGCGCUAGCUCCCAGAGCUAGCUACCAGUGCUAGCUUCCAGGGCUAGCCUCCAGUGCUAGCUCCCUAGAGCUAGCCAGCAGAGCUAGCUCCCAGUGCUAGCCUCCAGCGCUAGCUCCCAUUGCUAGCCUCCAGCGCUAGCCUCCAAUGCUAGCACACAGUGUCGGUCCACAGUGCAAGCUCCCAGUGGUAGCACCUAGCACUAGCUUCAAGAACCUCUUGACAUUUUAUAGGAAAGGAAAAAAAAGGAAAAGGAGGUUGACUCCGAGACUCAACCAGGGACCUCUGAAGUGCUGAGAGACAAUGGAGGGAAGGAGGCUGGAUCC